AUGGCAGACAACAGUGUUAGUGCGUGCAUGGAACAGCAUGUGGUGAUGAAGUUUCUUGUGAACGAAGGUGUAAAACCCACGGAUAUCUACAGAAGACUUCAAGCACAGUACGUAAUACAUUUAAAUGGUGUAAAUGUUUCAAAGAUGGCCAUAUGUUCGUCAGUGACGAUCCCAGCCUUGACGGUUCCCAGUCCACAGCAGUCAUUCCUGUGAACAUUCAGCAGUGGAAUGCCUGAUCCUGGAUAAUCGACACAUAACGUGUUGUGAAAUUGCACAAGAGACAAAUCUUUUU